AUGUCGGAAGAUUUUCCACUUGAUGGGAAUGCUGAGCCUGUGGUUGCUUCAGUGUAUCAUGGUCAGUUUGCCAUGUUACUUGAGCGUGAGGAUACUUCUUUCUUCGGCCGCUUUUCAUCAACCAACAGUCAAGCCCAGGCCGGCCCAGGGUCAUGUACCGGCACAUACCUCGGUGAUUUUGAACUCGGCAACCGCCGGGCUGGGCAGGGCCCGAACCCGAACUCAGCCCAAGCUGCAGAUUUGUUGCAGAAACUAUCUUUGGACUCGCAAGCAAAGAACUUUGAGGGCCAAGAUUCUGCCAAAAAGCCGUCAGCUGAUUCUACUAACAUGGCUAAUGGAGUUCCGUCGGAUCGAUCUGUUACACCUUUGUUGCCGGAUUUAAUGGAUCCGACUGUGUGCUAUGUUCCAAAUGGUGCUUAUCCUGCAUAUUAUUACGGCGGAUUGGAUGGUAAUGACUGGGAGAGUUACACAAGAUACAUGAAUCCCGAGGGAGUGGAGAUGACUCCAGGAGCUUAUGGAGACAAUGGAUCCCUAAUAUAUCACCAUGGCUAUGGCUAUACCUCUUAUGCACCGUAUUCACCUGCUACGUCCCCAGUCCCAACCUUGGGACAUGAUGGCCAGUUGUAUGGAGCUCAGCACUAUCAAUAUCCAGCUCCUUAUUUCCAUUCGUUGACACCAAAUGGUCAGUACCCUACGCCAGCUGCCCCAGCCAAAGGUGAGAAUGCCACCUCUGCAAAGGCUGACCAAACACCGUUGUCGGUGGAUUCUGCUAAUACAAAAUCCAGUGGUAUCGCCAAUGGUGGGGUCGGCAAGGGGAAUAAUGGUACAGCGACAACAAGAUCAACUUAUCAAAAUUCAUCAGUUAAUGGUAACAGUACCUACGGAAAAGGUUCUUUGCCAGGUUCUUUGCCAGGAGGAAUUCCUGUGUCUGGUUAUCAGGAUCCAAGAUUUGGAUUUGAUAGUUUCCAGACACCAUUUCCAUGGUUAGAGAAUCAGUAUUUCUCAGGGCAGCAAAGGCCUGUUACCAGCUCAUCAAUGACUUCCUCUGUUGUGACUGGAAGUAGUGUUCCUCCAUCCAAGGACCAGAAUUUCCGGCCUCAUGUGAUGGGUCUGCAUAACCCAAGGCCAUUCAACUCUGCUGGUGGAUACAUGAAUAGAAUGUAUCCCAAUAAAUUAUAUGGCCAAUAUGGAAAUGCUUACGGGUCAGGCCUGGGCUAUGGGUCUAAUGGUUAUGACCCUCGAAUCAAUGGACGGGGUUGGAUGACUGUUGAUAGCAAGUACAAGACAAAAGGAAGAGGAAAUAGCUUUUACAGUUAUGGAUAUGACAGCGUGGAUGGCCUCAAUGAAUUGAACAGAGGACCAAGAGCCAAAGGUAGCUCUAAGAAUCCUAAGGGCUUCACGCCGGUGGCUUUGGCUGUCAAAGGGCAAAAUAUACCAUUAACUGGAACAGCCGAUAAUGAAAAUAAAUUAAGCAUCACUCUGGAUCGGGAACAAUACAACAAACCUGAUUUUCUUGACACCUAUUUGGAUGCCAAGUUCUUUGUUAUCAAAUCGUACAGCGAGGAUGAUGUCCACAAGAGCAUUAAGUACAACAUCUGGGCCAGCACUCCAAAUGGUAACAAAAAACUGGAUGCAGCUUACAAUGAGGCUCAACGGAAGUCUGGAGGCUGCCCCGUUUUUCUUUUCUUCUCUGUCAAUACGAGUGGCCAAUUUGUUGGAGUUGCUGAAAUGGUUGGUCCUGUUGAUUUCGACAAGAAUGUUGAGUACUGGCAGCAGGACAAGUGGAUUGGCUGUUUUCCUGUUAAGUGGCAUAUAGUGAAGGAUGUACCGAACAGCUUGUUGAAGCACAUAACCCUCGAGAACAAUGAGAACAAGCCUGUAACUAAUAGCAGGGACACACAGGAGGUGAAACUUGAGCAGGGGCUUCAAGUGCUCAAGAUAUUUAAGGAUCAUACAAGCAGACAAUGCAUCCUGGACGAUUUUGAUUUCUACGAGGAUCGCCAGAAAAAAAUUCAGGAGAAAAAAGCCAAGCAACAGCUGUACCAGAAACAGGCUAAAAUGUGGGAAGGCAAACCCACUGAGGAGAAGACUAAAGAAAGCAAGGAAAAUUCAAAUGGUGAUUCUGAAACCAACAAGUCGCCGGAAGUGGAAUCUGGCGAAACUGUUGCUAGUAAUGGGGACAUCAAGACUCGAGAAGACAACUCGAUUACAAUAGCUGGAGAUGCUGUUUUGGAGAAGAAACCAAAGCUAUUAAGGAUUGGGCUGCCCCUUCAGUUUGAUGCUUUGAUUCCCAAGGCAAGGGCAGGAAGAGUUGUCAUGCAGGCUGCCUCAUUUCUCCUCAUAAAUGAAUCUGUCAAGUCUCCAUUGGGUCUUUAUGUAACUUGGGCCCAAUUAGUAAGACUCUUUGAAAGGUUUGGCCCAUUAUCUUUGGGUAAUCUUAUUUCCAUCCUCAAAAUCCGGAUUACAAAACCCCGCACUGCAACUGCACUUGCACAAAAGCUCACCCGCCCCAAGAGGGAGACACAGAAUUUCGCCCUGCCGGAAAUGCUUACUUACAGUUUCCAUCAGUACCAGGUGGUGGAGAGAGCUCUGCCGGGGACGAAGGAGCGUCCAAAGAUCUUCCAAAUGAAGCUAUGGGCAGAGCCUAAGUUCUGUUUCAUUGUCAAUUCCCCAGCUAGAUUCUCCUGUGGUACCUCACUCCCCCAAUUGACUCGCUUGAAGAGUUCUCCUAUCACAAUUGCUCAGGUUGUGGAGGAUUUAACACCAGACUCUGUUUCCAUUAAUGGGAGUGAGACCUCCAGGCCUAAAGAUAUGCUUCCAAAACUCGACAAAAGUGGCAGAUUUUGCAGCCCAAGAGCCGCCCGAGAACUUGCCUUGUUAAUUCUAUACGCAGCAUGUUUAGAUGGUUCUGACCCAGUUCGCCUUUUCGAGAAAAGGCUAAGUGCUAGAAGAGAACCUGGCUAUGAGUUUGACAAGGUGUUGUUGAUGGAAUACGACCACAUGAGCUUUGGAGGGCCUCCGGUUACCACCGAAACAGCUGAAGAAGCUGAUGAUAUUUUGCAAAAUGAUGAAAAGAAGUCUGACAUUGAAGCUGAGGUUCUUUCAGCACCUCCGAAGUUGGUAUACAGCAAAUUAAUUCUGCGUUUUACACGAAAACUUUUGGUAGCAGUGACAGAGAAGUGGGACAAUAAUGUGCUUGCAAUCGGUAAAGUUGCACCCAGUAAUUGGAAGAACCAGCCAGCUGCUCGAAUCCUGGAGUUUUCAGUUCUUCACUUAGCAAUGUCAGAAAUUGCAGUUCUUGGUACAAGGCAUCAAAUAGUAAUUAAUGAGGCUGUUGACCUUGCAAAGCGUUUUUGUGAUGGGGCAGCGCCUCGUAUUAUCAAUGGUUGUUUGCGGACUUUUGUGAAAGAGCUCAACCAAAAUGGUGAGACCGAAAACGUGAAAAUCGCACACACUGCAUGAGUGUUGGUUGGUUUCCAGCAAUCUUUACAUCCAUAGAGGUGAAGCUAUGCAUGUAAAUGCUACACUUGUGGAGAGGCUAUAAUGAUACAAUGUGCUUUGAGGAGAUGAACCUUGGCCUAUGAGUUGGUCGGCUCUUGGACUGCUCAUAGAGCCAGUUGUUACAUCCAAUCCUUUUACCAAUUCCUGCUCCUCCAGAUCGUUCGUUCUAUGUGUUAUAAUGAGCGGAUGUGUUUGUAAAUCCAUCACAUUGUGAGAAUUAUGUUUUUGACACUCUCUUGUAUGUUGUCCUCCACUGUGGAUAUAAUUUAUUUUGAUAAUCAUGAAGUUUAAAUGAGAAGUUUAAAGUUCCUCAACGGCGCAAGUGUUGGUUCAGUUGCGCAUCUUUUAGUCUCUUGAAUAUUAAUCUCGAGUAAAAGUUG